ACUUGCUAUCAUGGAUUCUCUGCGGGAAGCAAAUGGCACCUUUGCCUUAAACCUUUUGAAAAUACUGGGAGAAGACAGCUCAGAAAAUGUAUUUUUCUCACCCAUGAGCAUCUCCUCGGCCCUGGCCAUGGUCUUCAUGGGGGCAAAGGGAGACACUGCAAGCCAGAUGAUUCAGGCGCUUUCUUUGGAUAAAUGCAGCGGUAGUGGAGGUGGAGAUGUCCACCAGGGCUUCCAGUCACUUCUCAGCGAAGUGAACAAGACCGGAACACAGUACUUGCUCAAAACAGCUAAUAAACUCUUUGGAGAAAAGACUUGUGAUCUUUUAGAAUCUUUUAAAGAUUCCUGCCGCAAGUUCUAUGAAGCAGAGAUGGAAGAGCUGGACUUUCAGGGAGAUACAGAGCAGUCCCGACAGCACAUCAACACCUGGGUGGCCAAAAAGACAGAAGUGAAUCUGCCCAAUGUUUCACUUGUGUCUCCUUUCAAUUUAAUAUUCAUCUGUCCUUCACAGAAUGAGGAGAAACCUGUGCAAAUGAUGUUUAAGAAGUCUACCGUUAACAUGACCUAUAUUGGAGAGAUAUUCACUAAGAUUCUGUUGCUUCCCUAUGUCGGCAAAGAGCUGAACAUGAUCAUCAUGCUUCCAGAUGAGCACGUUGAACUGAGAACGAUGGAAAAGGAAAUAACUUAUGAGAAAUUCAUAGAGUGGACAAGGCUGGACAAGAUGGAUAAAGAAGAGGUGGAGGUUUUCCUCCCACGGUUUAAACUGGAGGAGAAUUAUGACAUGAAGGAAUUCCUGUGCAAGCUGAGUAUGACUGAUGCCUUUGACUACAGGGCAGACUUUUCUGGAAUAUCUUCUAAGGAAGGCUUGUUCCUCUCCAAGGUUGUGCAUAAGUCCUUUGUGGAGGUCAAUGAGGAGGGCACUGAGGCUGCGGCUGCCACAGCUGCCAUCAUGAUGCUGAGGUGCAUGAGGUUCACCCCCCGCUUCUGUGCCGACCACCCCUUCCUUUUCUUCAUUCAGCAUGUUAAGACCAAUGGCAUUCUGUUCUGUGGCCGGUUCUCCUCUCCCUGAGGAAAAGGUGUUCCUGUGUCUGCCUUUUAUCCACUCUCCAUGGUUUGCCUGUGACCCAAGUGACCUUAUCCAUAAGUGCAAUGACAAUUUUGAAAUAAAGAGCUUUCUAACAUCC